UUUCACCCACGUGGCAGCCAAGAAGCUAAGAUGUCCCAGCAGACCAAGCUUGAUCCUCCUAACCUGAAGCAUCUGAGGCUGCCAGAGUACAGCAAACUGAAUGAGAGACAGAGAAAGAGCUUGCAAGACCUGGUACGCCAUCAUGUGGAGUCAUUCAACUUCAUGUUGGAGGAGGGGCUGGGCUAUGCAGUACAAAACCUACCGACUGUGGAGCUACUAGACCCAAGCAACAGGCGUCUCUCUCUCUUCAUUGAGGAGGCCAGUAUUGGGUACCCGACUGUGCCUGUCUCCAACCACUAUGCCAAGUCUGUCCAGAUCUUCCCCUCCGAGUGUCGACAGCGUGCUGCCACUUAUCGAGGUAAGCUCUCACUCACUGUCAAGUGGAUGGUGGAUGGCAGUCCAGCGGGGAGCAGUGUGCGCUUCCCUGGGCAAGUCCCUAUCAUGGUCAAGUCUAAUCGCUGUCGUCUUGCUAAUCUCGGCCCCAAAGAUCUGAUUAAACAUCACGAGGAGGCGGAGGAACUUGGUGGCUACUUUAUUGUGAACGGCAACGAGAGGCUAAUACGCAUGCUCAUCAUGCCAAGGAGGAACUAUCCGCUGGCCAUAGUGAGACCUAGCUGGAAGACUAGAGGGCCCAUGUACACUCAGUAUGGUAUCAUCAUCCGCUGUGUCAGGAAGGACCAAACAGCCGCUAACCUCACGCUCCACUACCUGACUGACGGCAGUUGCAUGCUCCAGUUCUCACGCAACAGAGAGAUGUACUAUGUACCUGUAGUGUUCGUCCUCAAGGCGCUGUUGAAUACAACAGAUGUGCAUAUUUACAACGAGCUCAUGAAAGGCAACAAAGACAACACGUUUCUGAAAGGAUGUGUUGCCGCCAUGCUGCGCUCUGCUCUGGAUGAUGGACUCACCACACAGCAGUCUGUCCUCAAGUUCAUAGGGGAGAGGUUCAGAGUCAAGAUGGCCGACACUCCGGCAUGGGUCAGCGACGAGGAUAUCACCAGAAACGUACUAAAGGAAUUGGUGUUGGUACAUUUGGACAAAGAUGUCGACAAGUUCAACAUGCUUGUACUGAUGACUCAUAAACUGUUUGCUCUAGCUUCUGGCAAGUGUUGUCCUGAGUCAUCAGAUUCCCCUGCCAACCAAGAGGUCCUCCUUGGAGGCCACCUAUAUCUCAUGGCCAUCAAGGAGAAGCUGGGAGGGUACCUGAACUAUGCCAAGUCUGAGCUGGAGAAACAAGUUAAAAUGCAUCCAGAAAAGUUUGAUAAUCUCACUAUUGCAAUCAAGCGUGUACUAGACCACGCCCCCGACGUGGGUCAGUUCAUGGAGUACGUCAUGGCAACAGGGAACCUGAAGUCACGCUCUGGACUGGGCCUACAGCAGCAAACUGGGUUCACUGUGGUGGCGGACAAGCUCAACUUCUAUCGCUACCUCUCCCACUUCCGAGCAGUGCACAGAGGAGCUUUCUUCUCACAGAUGAGAACCACUACUGUGAGGAAACUGCUCCCUGAGGCGUGGGGGUUCCUGUGUCCUGUACACACUCCUGAUGGAGCUCCCUGUGGUCUACUCAACCAUCUAGCAGCAGCUUGUCAGGUGACGACAUGUGUGCCCAACACCUCUCAUCUGCCUCGACUAUUAGUGAGCCUUGGGAUGACGCCCACAGGGUCACCCCUACCCUCUGGUCAUACCCACACGGACCACACCCUCCCUGUCGUACUGGACGGACGGAUCAUCGGUGAAGUGGACAGAAACAAAGCUCAAGAAUUAACUGAUAAACUGAGAACUCUGAAAUGCUUAGGCAAAGAAAAGGUACCGUCUAGUGUGGAGAUAGGACUAGUGCCUCACCUGACUGGCGGGCAGUUCCCGGGACUGUUCCUGUUCGCCACACCCUCUCGUAUGAUGAGACCAGUCCUCAACCUGGCCACCCACACACACGAGCUCAUUGGAUCAUUUGAACAAGUGUACAUGGAUAUUGCUGUUGUUCCAGAAGAGGCACACGAAGGACACACGAGUCACCUGGAGCUGGACGAGGGGAGCAUGUUCAGUGCACUAGCCACACUCACUCCAUUCUCUGACUUCAACCAGAGCCCCAGGAACAUGUACCAAUGUCAGAUGGCCAAGCAGACAAUGGGGACACCACUUCAGUCCUUCCCCUACAGAAUGGACGGCAAAUUAUACAGACUACAGAGCCCCCAGGCCCCGCUGGUUCGUACCUCCACCUACAACCAGUAUGGACUGGACGACUAUCCCCUCGGCACUAACGCUGUAGUAGCUGUUAUCUCCUACACUGGUUACGAUAUGGAGGAUGCUAUGAUACUGAACAAGGGCUCAGUGGAGAGAGGAUUCAAACACGCCACUGUGUACAAGAGUGAGAUGAUAGAUAUAUCCAACCCUGGUGUGCGUGACAAGCCUAGUCGCUUGUUUGGUGUGUUGCCAGGGAGCAAGGAGGAGGGCAAGCUGGAACAAGAUGGCUUCCCUCAGAUAGGCACUCUACUCAAAGAGGGAGACCCGUACUACAGUUAUUUUGACUUGGAUACUAAGUCGUCGCGAUUAUCUCGCUACAAGAGUAUGGAGCCAGCGUUCGUGGAUCAGGUCAAGCUGCUAGGCACCGAGACUGGGGACUCCCCCCUACAGAAAGCAUUUAUCAAGCUGAGAAUAUGUAGGAAUCCUAUAAUUGGAGACAAAUUUGCCAGUAGAGCAGGUCAAAAGGGAAUCUGUAGUCAGAGAUGGCCAUCAGAGAGUAUGCCAUUCACGGAGUCAGGAAUGGUACCAGAUAUCAUCUUCAAUCCUCACGGCUUCCCCUCCAGAAUGACCAUUGGUAUGAUGAUUGAGAUGAUGGCGGGCAAGUCCUCUUCCCUCCAUGGUCUCUGUCAUGACUGCACUCCAUUCAAGUUCUCAGAGAAGGACCCAGCAGUCGACCACUUCGGGAAACUACUAGUGAAAGCUGGCUACAACUACUUUGGCAACGAGCGUCUCUACAGUGGUAUAAACGGCCGGGAAUUCGAAGCUGAUAUAUUUAUGGGUGUGGUCUACUACCAGCGCCUGAGGCAUAUGGUGUCUGACAAGUUCCAAGUCCGAACCACAGGACCCAUUGACAUCCUGACCCACCAACCAGUGCAGGGCAGGCGCAGGGCCGGGGGGAUCAGGUUCGGAGAGAUGGAGAGAGACUCACUACUAGCACAUGGCGCCUCAUUCCUAUUACAAGAUCGUCUACUGAACUGCUCUGAUAAAUCAUUUUGUCGUAUCUGUAAGGAGUGUGGGAGUAUAGUGUCCCCGAUGCUGGACAAAGCCCCGCCCACCAUAUCCGCCCUCUCCGAUGUCCAACCAGAGUGGAGGUGUCGUAUGUGUCAGGACAAAGGUCAAAUUGACAUCAUCUCGGUCCCGUACGUGUUCAGAUACUUAGUAGCAGAACUGGCAGCCAUGAACAUAAAAGUUCAGUUAGAAAUUAGCUAAAAUUCAGUUCAUUUGAUUUGUGUACCAAUUUUAGUGCAAUAAUUAUGUUGGACAUCGUUAUUAGCGUUCUUGUCCCCAAUA